AUGGAUUCACCAUCCUGGAAAAAUUUACCGGAUAUUGCUUUGAUAGAGGUAUAUUCAUAUCUUUCGGAUGCAGAUCGCGGAAACAUGGCGCUUACCUGUCGAAAUUGGUCAGAUAUAUUCAAAUCGCCGCGAUUAUGGCGCUCGCGAUAUUUUGAACUUGGUGGGUACAAGGCUGCCCACCAUGGACAAAUGGCAAUCAAGUUUACAGAAAAAUACGGUCCGUAUAUUAGAUACCUUACCCUCUCCUGUAGUCAUCCCUCAACCCAUACUUGUAAAAUUAUACAAAAGACGAUGGAGAACUUCUUAAUCAACAUUGAAACGGCCAAAAUCAUAGAAUUUGAACUGGGGCGCCUUGAAUUAGAAAGAUUUUGGAAGUAUGAUAACGUGCGAGAGAAGCUGGUUGAUAGUUUUGUGAGGUUUUUCCAACAUCAGAAGAAUAUGAAAAUGUUUGAUAUGAGUGUGGCUCAAUGUCCGUUAACCAUGGGCUGUAAACUACUCGAGGCCCUCGUGGCAUCUUCCGGUGACACCCUCACUGACCUCUGUCUCGAAGAUUUCUUCCAUUCAAGAUUGGCUGUAUUUCAAGUAAAAAGAUUCCGCUGUUUAAUUGCUGGAUUCACCAACCUUAGUUUCCUAUCAUUAAAUUAUAACUGUAUAUCCGAGACUAUUAUAGAGAUCCUAACAACCAGUCUUAGUGGGAAGCUGCGAAAUUUCAGUCUAAAGGUCUAUAGAAGCGAUCCACAUUUCCAUCACAUCCCCACCCCCGUCUGGAGGAGAUUCCAUCAAAGCUGUCCGUGCCUGGAAGUUGACAUGUGGUUCGAGAGUAUUGGAUCAGCCUCGGAAACAGUUCCAAUUCUAGUUCCCGAUAUACCGUUAAAGGAUAUCCAUAUCUGGACCGGAUAUGACGACGAUUCUGAAUGGAACCUACAUCGCACAUUGAUGCAUAUCGGAAACAAUUUCAAACAAACUUUGCGUAAUGUAUCGCUAGAACUGGACAACAACCAUGAAAUAUUAGACGAGGCCAUUAAAAAUCUUAUCAGUAAAUGUAAGAAACUGAAAGAUCUAACUAUCAACGCGUUUGUAACAGUGGAAAUCAUCACUCAAAUCUGUGAACUUCAAGAAGAGAAUAAAAUAAGUAAGUAUAUAGGCAAUCCGAGCUCCAGUGAUGGAAUGGUCAAUCACUAA